ACAGAAAGAAUCCAAUGGAAGUAGCCUCCAUUUCCACAGAUGAAGGGACAUUAUCAGCAUCACAAAAUCACCUCAAUUUCACCUCUUUAGGGUUCCUCUUCUAUUAUGAAUCCCAACUCCUGCGUUCCAUCUGCAGCAAAUCCAUCAAUACCCAUCCUAUUCUCCCUCAACCUCUGUUUUUACCUCGUCACCUAGCAUGCUCAAUUCCAACGGGAAGAAGGAAUAGACUAUAACUAUUGUGGGGGCUUGAGGCACCUAAAUCCGCUGUUAUCAAUCGACCCCCCUUCAUUUCCGGAUCCAAGUGUUUGGGUUUCGUGCAACACAAUUGAAAUUUGAAAUGCUCCAUAAAAUUUUCAUCCAAAAGUAGUCACUUUCCAUGUCGUAUAGUCUCCAAUUGUUUCAAUCCGUCCAUUUUUGGUGGAAUUUACAGUUUGAGAUUGUGAAUACUUGGCAUUGUUGGUACUAGAGCUCUUCUGAGAUCGUUAAGUGAAAAAACAAUGAUCUGGGUGGUGACCAAGGUGAGGUUUUAGGCCUGGAUUUGGAGUCUCUGAAGAUUUUGCUGAAGUGGGGGGUCUUUCUGGGGGCAAUGUUUUGUGGUUUUUUGGUUUUCUGGUGCAAGAGGGUGCUUGCGGUGGAGGAAGUGGUGAAUGCAAGGUACGGAGUGAUUGAGUAGUGGGCAUUGUUGUUGAGGAAUGCGUGGUCUAAGGUUUCUACGGCUUGUAAGAUUUUCAAAGACCAAGGGGUGAUUCUGACCGCACUUUAGGUCUAUCUGCAUUAUUCUCAAUGGCAGAGACUUCUAUAACUACCCUUGUGGCCAUGGAAGAGCCAUUCUAUGGUACAAUUUGCUUAUUCAAUAGGGAGAGAAGAGAAAAAUUGUCAGAAGAUUUCUAUUUUAGCAUUCUACCAACUGAAAUGCAGGAUACUAAUAAAGUAUCUUCAGAACCUCGUGAACUUUUCUAUUUAGAUGCUCCGUCAGCAUCUGUGUGUCUACUAAUCCAAUUAGAGAAGCCUGCAACAGAAGAAGGGAGAGUGACUCCUUCUGUUUAUUCAUGUGAAGAACCUGUAUGUAUGAAGAACUUAUAUGUUUCCAUCUUGCUCAUCUUCAAUCUGACCUCUGAUUAAAUGUGACAAAAUUUCUCUUUUGUUGGCUUGCUUGUUACCUGGCAGCAAGAAUUUUACCUGUUGGCUUGGUUGUUACCUGGCAGCAAGAUUUUUACCUGUUGGCUUGCUUGUUAUCUGGCGGCAAGAAUUUUAACUAUGCCCCAUCAUCAUCUGUCUUUCAAUUGGCUUUUACUGUAGUUCUUACUGUGGAAAAUAAUGGCUCUGCAUCUGCUAGAUAAGUUAGCUAAUCAUUGGCAUUGCAAUUGAUGCUUGAUAUUUUCGUUUUGGGCCAGGGUGAUUAAUCAUUAGCUGAGAUGGUGGAGCAUUUGGUCUUUCCCUUACGGCAAGAUAAUUGUGAAAUUAGUAAUUCUUCAGUGGAUUUUCAUCCAUACUGAUUUUCAUCCA